AUGCCUCUAAAGCUUACUACUGUGAUCCUUGUGUGUGUUGGUAGUUUGUUUUUGUGUGCGAGCGCUCAAAGCCUAUCACGAGACUACGGGGUGAAACUGUGCGGCAGAGAGUUCAUAAGAGCCGUUAUCUUCACGUGCGGCGGGUCCCGUUGGAAACGAUCCUUAGAUGAACACUUGGAUCCCUUCCAGCCCGGUUCCUACAGUGAUGUCACAGAGGAUGAGGACAGCAGAAUCAACUGGCCUCACGGACAUGGUCUAGACCAGGCAGCAGACCACCCUCUCCAGCUCUCCUCCUCAUCCUCCCUGGCAGACCUGCUCUCACUCUUGGGCGGAGUAGGACACCAUAGGGGGUUAACGGUUGAUGUCAACCCCAGCGAGGGGCUUCAGAACCAGGCUUCAGCGCUGGGAGGAGUGGCCAAGAACCCGAGCAUCAACUGGCCACGCCGCGACAGACAAAAGAGGAACUUUUCCCUGGGCUUAGCUGGCAUGUGCUGUAACCAGGGUUGCACUAAGAAUGACAUUGGGCGUCUGUGCUGA